GAACAGAGUAACAUCUCUUUAAGUUUUCAUACAAAAGUAACGUCUUUUUGAGUUUUUGUACAGAAGUAAGUAGAAACCGUGCUAUAUAUAGAAGCAUUUGAAACCCUCCUCUCAAACUCGAAUCAACUUCUUCAUCAGAGAAAAAUCCCCUUGAGAUGAAGUUUUCACAAUUGACAGGAAUGGAGAAAGAAAUAGUGCAAAAUUUGGAGUGGCUUGAAGCUCAGAAGAUAGAGAUAAGCAUUGACCUAAUUGCUGAAGCCAAGAAACAUCUUCAGUUCCUCGGAGUUGUUGACCGGAACCGGUGGCUCUACGAUGGUCCUGCACUCAAAAGAGCCAUCUACAGAUACAAUGCUUACUGGCUUCCUUUGCUAGCCAAACAUUCUGAGUCUUCCUCAACCUUCGAAGGACCACUAGUCCCUCCAUUUGACUGUGAAUGGGUUUGGCAUUGCCACAGGCUUAAUCCGGUGAGGUACAAGUCUGACUGUGAGGAAUUCUAUGGGAGAAUUCUGGACAACUCUGGCAUUGUAUCUUCAGCAAAUGGGAGCUGCAAAUUACAGACUGAAAAGUUAUGGAAGAGAUUGUAUCCUAUGGAGCCCUAUGACCUUGAUUUGGAUAUGGCAAUCUCAGAGCCAAUUUCUCCUUUUGAGAAAUGCACGAGCUAUGAUCUUGUUUCAGCAGCCAAGAGGCAAAGCUCAUUUUAUCUUGAGGUUUCAAGAGCCAAUGUGGACAGUGAGAUCAUUAUGGAAGAAGCUGUUGGUAGAUACAAAGCAUUCCUCUACUUAAUCAAGCAAAACCGUGAAAAGACUAUCAAACUAAUCAGUGUUCCGACUUAUGAUAUUGAUCUAAUUUGGCAUACACAUCAGCUGAACCCUUCCUCUUACUACAAGGAUAUGGUAAAGAUCUUUGGCAACAUCUUACAGCAUGAUGAUACGGCAGACUCUGACUCAAGCGAAGGUAUGAAUCUCGACACUGUUUUCUCGGGAACUACUGCGCAAUGGGAAGAAACAUUUGGUCAAAGGUAUUGGAAAGAAAGCAUGGAUACGACUCCACAUACUCCAGUUGUGGUGGAGACUGAGAAGAGCGGUGCGGCUGCUAGAUGCUUUGCUGAGGCUGCUGAGAAAGGUGGUGGUGAGGGUGCUAGGUGCUUUGCGGUGGAAGCUGAGAAGACCAGUGCUAGGUGUUUUGCUGUGGAGGCUGAGAAGAAAAAUGCAAGGUGCUUUGCAGUGGAAGCUGAGAAGAACAGUGCUAGGUGCUUUGCUGUGGAGGCUGAGAAGAAAAAUGCAAGGUGCUUGGCAGUGGAAGCUGAGAAGAACAGUGCUAGGUGCUUUGCUCUGGAAGCUGAGAAGAAAAAUGCUAGUGGAGUUGCUGUGGAGGCUGAGAAGAAAAAUGCAAGGUGCUUUGCAGUGGAAGCUGAGAAGAACAGUGCUAGGUGCUUUGCUCUGGAAGCUGAGAAGAACAGUGCUAGGUGUUAUGCUGUGGAGGCUGAAAAGAAAAAUGCAAGGUGCUUCGCAAUAACGAAUGGUAAGAGCAGUGCAAGGUGCUUUGCAGUGGAAGUUGAGAAGAAAAAUGCAAGGUGCUUUGCAGUGGAAGCUGAGAAGAAAAGUGCAAGGUGCUUUGCUGUGGAGGCUGAGAAGAAAAGUGCUAGGUGCUUUGCUGUGGAGGCUGUGAAGAAAAAUGCAAGGUGUUAUGCAAUGACAGAUGGUAAGAGCAGUGCAAGGUGCUAUGCAAAGGCCACCGGAAAGAAUAGUGCAAGGUGCUAUGCAGUGGCGGCUGAAAAGAACGGUGGAUGUGGAUGUGGUAAUUUGAUGGAGAACAAUGCUAAGGAAAAUGCUCCACUGGCGGAAGGCGCUACUGCAGCUUAAUUACUCAACUGAAGAAGUUCUAAUGUGUAAUGCCAAUGUAAUAUAUGUGUAAUAUAUGGUCUGGAAAUGCUGUGAAACAAAUGAGUGAUGUUUCUAAUGUUACAUGUUAUAAACAUGUACAUGCUAAUGUAAAUAAAUAAGUUUCAAGAAAUUUAAUAUCUAUUUGAGUGUUUAUA